UCCCUUUUUAAUUCCAGGCAUCCAAACGUAAACGGGAAGUCGGAAGCAUAAGAAUGAAGCAUCAAAUUUGAAGUUCGGAUCCAAGGUAACCGGUCAUUUUCGUCUGUUCUCGGUUCGCCGGUCGCCUUCGAUUCCUUCCCGCUUCCCUACAAAAGCUCGUGAUUAAUCGAGAUUUGAUCUGUGAUCUGAAUCUGAAUCUCAAUCUCUAUCCUUCUCUCGCUAGAACUCCGCCCGAGGGUUCGUGAGAGAGAAUAGAGAAGUCGAUGGAUUGGUCCGGCGUCGCCGUCGUCGUGGUAGCAUUACUGGUGACUAACUGUGUGACGGAGGUCAUAUCGGGCGGGUCUGACCACAGGUACAAAGCUGGAGAUCCGGUCCCCCUAUACGUCAACAAGGUCGGCCCCUUCCACAAUCCAAGUGAGACAUACAGAUAUUUUGAUCUUCCUUUCUGUGUCCCAGCUCAUGUCAAAGAGAAAAAGGAAGCACUUGGUGAAGUACUGAAUGGAGACCGUCUAGUCAGUGCACCCUAUAAUCUUGAGUUUUUAAUUGAAAAAGACCCUGAACGUGUUUGCAAAAAGAAGCUCACCAAGGAGGAAGUUGCUCGGUUCCGAAAAGCUGUAGCAAAAGACUACUACUUCCAAAUGUACUAUGAUGAUUUGCCCAUCUGGGGUUUCUUGGGAAAGGUUGACAGAGAAGGCAAAGCUGAUCCUAGCGAAUACAAGUAUUACCUUUUUAAGCAUCUUCACUUUGAGAUCUUUUACAAUAAGGAUCGUGUCAUCGAGGUUAAUGUGCAGGCUGACCAUAAUUCCCUUAUUGACGUUACCAAGGAUAAGGCAGUUGAUGCAGAAUUUAUGUACACGGUUAAGUGGAAAGAAACUAACAUUCCUUUUGAGAAGCGGAUGGAGAAAUACUCACAGUCUUCUUCACAACCACAUCACUUAGAAAUCCAUUGGUUUUCAAUAAUCAAUUCUUGUGUGACUGUUCUCUUAUUGACUGGUUUUCUUGCCACAAUUUUAAUGCGAGUCCUGAAGAAUGAUUUUGUUAAGUAUACUCACGAUGAGGAGAUGGAUGAUGAUCAAGAAGAAACUGGGUGGAAGUACAUUCAUGGCGAUGUGUUUAGGUUCCCCAAUCACAAAUCAUUGUUUGCAGCAGCUCUGGGUUCUGGCACCCAGCUAUUUAUCCUUACAAUUUUCAUAUUUGUACUUGCACUGGUGGGUGUAUUCUAUCCAUACAACAGGGGAGCUUUGUUUACUGCUCUGGUUGUCAUCUAUGCACUCACAUCUGGGAUUGCAGGGUAUACAGCAGCCUCUUUCUAUUGCCAGCUGGAAGGAACAAAUUGGGUGAGAAACUUGUUAUUGACUGGGAGCCUGUUUUGUGGACCACUCUUUGUCACGUUCUGCUUUCUCAACUCUGUUGCAAUUUUUUACAGUGCCACAGCUGCACUGCCAUUUGGUACCAUUGUGGUGAUAGUUCUUAUAUGGACUCUUGUUACAUCACCUUUGCUGGUAUUGGGUGGUAUCGCAGGAAAGAAUAGCAAGGCUGAGUUUCAGGCUCCUGUAAGGACAACAAAAUAUCCUAGAGAGAUCCCAUCAUUACCAUGGUAUCGUGGAACACUUCCUCAAAUGACAAUGGCUGGUUUUCUGCCAUUUAGUGCAAUCUAUAUUGAACUGUACUACAUAUUUGCCAGUGUAUGGGGUCACAGAAUUUACACCAUAUACAGCAUCUUAUUUAUCGUCUUCAUCAUUCUCCUAAUUGUUACUGCUUUUAUUACUGUGGCUUUGACAUACUUUCAACUUGCUGCUGAAGAUCAUGAGUGGUGGUGGAGGUCAUUCCUUUGCGGUGGAUCAACAGGCUUAUUCAUCUAUGCCUAUUGCUUAUACUACUAUUAUGCUCGAUCGGAUAUGUCUGGCUUCAUGCAGACCUCCUUCUUCUUCGGCUACAUGGCUUGCAUUUGUUACGGCUUCUUUCUCAUGCUCGGGACAGUAGGUUUCCGUGCAGCUCUGUUGUUUGUUCGCCACAUAUACCGCUCCAUCAAGUGCGAGUAGUCUUCUGGGUGCCGAUUGGUUGGCCUUCUGCGUCCAAAUCGUUACAUUGCCAAUGUGGGACAACACCCCUGAUUGAAGAGGAACAUGUAGAGUAGUAGUAGGACUAGUGAGGAAGAAACUCGUACUAGCCUUUCAUUCGAAAGAUCAUGUUCGUCCUCACAUCUACAAUUUACGUGCAAUGAUUUCUUAGUUCUUACUCUUUAGUUAUUCUUUCUUCUUUCUUGUAAUUUUGUCUUCUUUUUUUUUUUCCCAGUCUAGAAGAAGGAAAUGGACUCUCAGCCAACGGAGCUGCCUUUUGCAGUGUUGUGUUUGUUUUCGUUUUUUCUCUCUUAUGUUUUGCUUUCUUUUAGUCUCUUCCAUUAUGCAACAGCUGUUAUGACCUUCAAAAGUAAGGUCUCGUGAAUGUAAUUUAGACUACGUUCUCUUUUUCUAGUUUUUAUGUCAUUUUCAGUUUUUCAUUUUUUAAAAUAAUAAAAA